AUGAACCACGUUGCUUCCUCCUCCCUUUCGACGCAUUGGCAUCGUGCGUUUACUCCCUAUUGUCUCUUCCUGUCAUGUCACAUACGAUCAUCACUCUCCAACAGAACAUCUAUAAUGCUGAUCAUGAUCCCAUACUUGUCGAAGACGUUGACGAGCACAGCGUUUCUCUUCCAGCCUUGCAGCGCUUUAUCAACUCAACUCAAGGCCGCGCCGUAGGAGUGGCAGCCACGUAUCGCACUGACUGUACUAUUUCGUGUCUGGCAUUUGCAACGCUCACUCGAGCGCUCGUCGUCCACUUUUUUCCUUCGAAAAAAUCGAAUCCGCAGCGGAAGAAGAAGAAGAAAGCCCAAGAAGAACAGCCUCCGGUUUCCCGAGGACGCACCCUUAUACAAGACCAAAUUCUAUGCGACGCUGUCAUCAAACUCUAUGGGUACAGGAUAGACAGGAUCGCACUUGGUCUCUUCCUGGACCUUUCGCUUCGGAUCAAUGCUGCAGUUGACAUCCUGUCGGUGUCUAAUACUAAGAGCGGCCGGCGCUCCCUCCAGGCAAUUAUGGACGCCUUGGGAGGCGAGACCUUACUUCAGAAGGCCAACGUGAAAACCCUCUUCGGUCAUAGAGGAGGGCAUGCGGCAACGAACGACGUGGUGCUCCAGGCUUGGGCAGCAUGUCGCGCUGCCACACUUCCUCGCAUGACGAAGAGAUAUGCUGCCCUAUCUCGAAUCGCUACAGACACAAUGCCAGAUCUUCAUCUGAGUGCCCUGGCAAAGAUCUCUCGUGACGCUGAAGUUUUGGAGUCUUCGAAGCCGACGAAAGUCGUCAACAAUGUUAAAGCAGACUUCCAGUCCAAGAAGGGUAGCGUCAAUCUCGAGUGCACUCACUUCCGUACUCGUAUCAUGAGGGGUAGCGAUCAGGUCGUCCGCAUCGAAACGCUGGUCGGAGAUAAGAAAUCAACGAUCACUGGUCGCGCAUUGCAACCAAAAGGAAAACAGGCUCAGAUUAUCGUUAACAAUAGUGGUGUACAAGCUUCGGGGAAGGUUCUCUCCGUGACCACUAUCGGGAAAGGAGACCUAACACCCGCUGAAUCAUACAAAGAAGAUGUAGUGCUAAAGGUGCUUCAAGGCACCAUCACAUUCACCGAACAUCCAUUCUUCUGUAGUAUCUGGGCACCGACGUUAAACGUCCCAUGGCCGGCUCCUCAGAAAACUCGCAGCGCGCCGUUCGUGUACUAUCCGAGCGGUUCAUUGAACCCCUCACAGCACAUAGCAGUGGAGCGAAUUCUUUCGCAAGCGAACAAGGACCGUAUGGUGCUUAUUCAGGGUCCUCCUGGCACUGGCAAAACAACAGUCAUAGCGGCUAGUGUCGACAGUAUCAUCAAGACUGGCGAUAUGGAGAGUACGGUUUGGCUUGUGGCGCAUUCGAACGUCGCUGUCAAGAAUAUCGCAGAAAAGCUUGACAAGGUUGGCUUCCGUGAAUUCAAACUUCUUGUAUCCUAUGAUUUUCAUUAUGACUGGCAUGAACACCUCUACGAGCGACUGGAACAUUGCUUUAUACGAUCCGACGAGAUCAGUGACGACAUCGCUGGUGAUUCCCGCCUUUUGCUCGACGCAAGAGUCAUACUUUGCACGUUGAGUAUGAUGUCUAAUCUGCGUAUCGAAUUCAUUACUGCUGUCGUCCCGGUACAAACCGUGAUAUUCGACGAGGCAAGUCAGAUCGAAGUAGGAGACUACCUGCCGCUGCUUCAGCGUUUCCAGCACAGCCUCCAGAAGAUGGUGUUCAUCGGUGAUGACAAGCAACUGGCGCCAUACGGCCAAGAUGACUUUGGGAAGCUACAAAGUAUUUUCGAGUUCCCUCACCUCCGAAAGCGGGCGCACUUUUUGAAUACCCAGUACCGGAUGCCAGUUGUCAUUGGCAACUUCAUUUCCCAUCAUGUAUACGCCAAUAAAUUGAAGACCUCGCACGGUAACUUCAGCAAGACAGUAUGUCAUUUCCUGGAUGUCAAACGGGGCCAGCAGAAGAAAGCGGGACACAGCUGGAUAAACUCACAAGAGAUAGCCGUGAUUAUCCACCUCGCCCGUAUAUACGUGAAGCAGGGCAAGCAGUACAGGAUCCUCACCCCGUACGACGCUCAGAGGACGGAAAUCGAAAAGCAGCUUAAAUUAGCAGAGCUCCCUUGGGCAGAUAAGUGUUUCAACGUGGACUCCUUCCAAGGCAAGUUGUUUCUUGACAUGCUACAGGAUCUGGCUGACGUUCGCCCCAGGAAACGAAGAAGAUCACAUCAUCGUGUCUUUAGUCCGUUCCAAGGGCAUAGGGUUCUUGAAGAACGUGCGCAGGACGAACGUCAUGCUGACGCGCUGCAAGGAAAGCAUGAUCAUUUGCACGAGUCGUGAUUUCGUGACGAAGGGUGAAGCAGCAGCCACGCUGGUCGGACGGCUUGUUGCUACCAUGGGCCCAGAGGCGUGGCUGGAUGCUCGUGACGUUAUCAAUGGCAUCUUAAAAUUGAACUAACGUGGACUAUUUACAUUGUACUUCUUGGAUGAUCUUCUGACAGGGACUGGAUCACUCUUGUGUAUUGCACUGCAUUUUGUACUAUUAUAUGGUAAUAGAUGUAUGUACAUGCUGUACGUCACGGUCUACAUAGCAAAGACUGGUUCUAGCUCUGUACAUAUGCAUAUGGGAAAUUGUAUUAUGCGCGCUCGAUGCUCACAGGACAGUCAGCGUUAACCUCCACGGAGGCUACUUCGGUGCUAAGGUCUGACACUGACCACCCGUCAAGAAGUCCAUCGCUACUUCGAGAGACUGAAGCCUUCCGAGGUAGUAAUAUGAUAUCCACAAUCGUGACGGCGAG